AUGGUCGUUCCUAUCACCGUCCCUAUCCCUCCGGCUACCGCUGCCAACAUCCACGACCUCAAGGCUGCCCUUGCCGCCUCCGCUCCCUCUGUCCACGAUGGAGGCGAGAUGAGCGACAACGACGAUAUCGCCCCCUCCACCGCCGCAGUCCACAUUCCCUGGUCCUCAGACUCCUUCCUCGACACCUCAGACGACCAACCCAUGGAGCCCGGUUCCUUCGAAGGGCCCGAGAAGCUUCUCGAGAUCCAUUUCGCUCCCCACAUGCAGGAUGUUCAACAUAUCCGUGCUCCCCUCAACGACAAUACCCCAUUCACCAACGUGGAGGGAGAGGAGGAGAGGUAUGGGUUGAGGAUUAUCCCAAAGGCCGUGUGGGAGGAGAUGCUGGAUAUUGUCCAGUGCAAGGUCUUGCAUUCGAUCCAUCACCCGACUGUCGACGCUUAUGUUUUGAGUGAGUCGUCGUUCUUUGUUUUCCCGCACAAGUUGAUCCUGAAGACCUGUGGCACUACGACUCUUCUUAUGGCGCUUCCCAAGAUUCUGGAAUUCGCUCAGGACUGGUGCGGGCUUCUCCACUCCCCUUCUUCUGAUGCCGAGAUGAAGGAGGGGGAGGAGGAGCAGCAGCAGCAGCAGCAGCAGCAGCCGUACAGAGUCUUCUACUCGCGCAAGAAGUUUCUCUUCCCCGAGAAGCAAGUCCACGUUCACCGGGAGUGGAAGGACGAGGUCGAAUUCCUGGAUCGUCACUUUAACAACGGAUCUGCAUACACGGUCGGAAAGGUCAAUGGGGAUCACUGGUGUCUCUAUGUCACCGCUCCCUUCCUCGGUUACCCUUGCAACAGCAAUAAGGAGCUGAAGGGUAAUGAGACGGCGAUGGAGAACUUCCAGGAGGAGGAUGACACGACUCAGGGCGGACUCUUUGGUCUCCCACCUACUCGCCCUCUUUCCCGCGCUUCGUCUUCUCGAUCCUCAUCCGCAUCCACAACCGACGAAUCCGAAUCAGACGACACCCCUACCACCACCACCCAGGAAGUCGACAACGAGGAAUACGACCAAACAAUCGAGAUCUUAAUGACAGACUUGAACCCCAAGGCCAUGAGAAAGUUCUACCACCACGCCGACAAGAACCAGCCCUCAGGUUCUGAAGGCGGUCAAUUGGUCGAUCAGCAAACAGGACUUGCGACCUUGUUCCCCGAGGCCGAGAUCGAUCCAUUUUUGUUCACCCCCUGUGGAUACUCUGCCAACGCCCUCCUUAAGCAGUCGUCGACGGCGUCUGGUGCUGGUGCAGGAAAAUACUUUACGAUCCAUGUAACACCCGAGCCCGUGUGCUCCUACGCAUCCUUCGAGACCAACAUCCCCGUCCGCCUCUCUUCUUCCAAGACCCCCCGCCGCUCCGCAAAGGGAGCCGCCGCCCCCGAAACAGUCCAGGAGUUGAUCCAGCGCGUGGUCGACAUCUUCCAGCCCGGAAACCUGACCGUCACCAUCUUUACCUCCACAAAGCCCAGUGCCUCACAGCACCAGAUCGAGAAGCAACAAUUCAAGAUGUUGCACAGCUUGCGGUCCCUCCCUGGAUUCCGUCGUACGGACAGGAUCCUGUAUGGGUUGGAUGGGUAUGAUGUCAUCUAUGGACAUUACCUUGCCGUUUGA